AUGGACGCCGAACUGAAGAAGAACAUUGACAUGGCUGUCAGCUCAGACACGGGUGAAGGUCAGGUCGAUGUUCCGAGUCCUGCCAAAUGCAGACAAGUGCGGAUCAAGACGGACUUGGUUGUCAUGCCUUUGAUCACUAUUUCCAUGACACUCGCAUUCCUCGACAAGAAUGCUUUGGCCUAUGCAGCCAUCUACGGUCUUAAAGAGGACACGAACCUGAAGAAGCAAGAUUACAGCUGGCUUGGUAGCAUCUUCUACUUCGGUUACCUCUUUAUGGAAUUUCCCAACCUUUGGAUCAUCUGCAAGUUCCCAGCUCGCAAGUACAUGGGAGCCUGCCUCAUGGCGUGGGGAAUCAGUCUUGGUCUGAUGUCCGUCUGCCACAACUUUGCUGGACUGGCAGUGAUCCGGUUUCUCCUCGGAGCUUUCGAGGCUAGCAUGCUUCCGUGUCUCAUCUUGGCAAACACUUUUGCGGGUGUCUUUGGAUGCAUCCUGAGCUAUGCCAUUGGCCGGAUUAAUGGAAGCCUGUCAACUUGGAAGUACAUCUUUAUCAUCUACGGAGCAUUUACUCUGGUUGUGGGAAUCGCGGUAUUCUUCUUGCUGCCCAGCUCGCCCGCCAAGGCUUGGUUUCUCAACGAUGAACUCAAGUCAGUAGCUACGCUCCGACCCGCUUCGAACCAAACCGCAACAGAAGUGAGCGCCAAACUCCGUUGGGGACAAAUCGGUGAAGCUCUCAAGGACACCAAGUACUGGUGCCUAGCCAUCUUCUUCAUCGCCCAGUCCAUCACCAACGCCGGAACCACAAACUUCAACCCCCUCAUCAUCUCCGGUUAUGGAUUCUCGCAGGCCAGGACUGUCCUGAUGGCAACUCCCCAGGCCGCUGUUGCUAUGGCUGCUCAAGCAUCUAUGACUGCCGUCACACUUUUCAUACCCAACAUGCGUUGCAUCUUCUGGGUCAUCUCUAGUGGCAUCGCCAUGGCUGGCGCUAUUAUGGUCAAGACUUUGGAUCCUGUGGCCAACAGAAACGCUUCUCUUGCUGGAGUCAUGGCUCUCAGUCUCCCGUCCUCAAACGUCACCAGAAUGACAAAGAAGAGUUUUGUCUCGAUCUCAGCAGCUUGCUUUUACGCGAUCGGUAACAUCGUCGGACCCCAAUUUUUCCUCGACAGCCAACGCCCUCACUAUAGCAUCGGCAUCGGCGCAAUGCUGUGCGGUUUCGCAGUAAUGAUGAGCACCGGCACUCUUUAUUUCAUCAUCUACGCUAUCGAGAACAAGCGCCGUGGCCGAAAGAGCGGCGCCGUAGACUCCGAGGGCACUCGGGUCACGGCUGGUCUCGAUGCCAUUCGAGAUGACCUCACUGAUAAGGAGAAUAAGAACUUCCGCUAUACUUAUUAA